AUGGUGAAGCAGAGCAAGGGUUAUCUUGAUGUGUGCAUUUUUGACAGCAAGGGCCUUAAGGUGGAGGACGAUGAGAUAAAGAUGGAAGGAGAGCAUAUCAUUAUGGACAAAACCCCAACCUCUAAGUCACCUUUUACACAAGCUUUUCAACUGCAAAGGGACCAAGCAGAAUGUGACAUCCUUUCUAAUGAUGCCAUUGGCACAUCUAACCAUUACCACUGUCCUGGUGUUAUUGAUGUGCUAUUAAAAACCUACAUGGGGAUCUUUCCUUUAUGGAGUGGUUUGCUUCUUGGUGAUCUGAAACGGCACUCCAAGACUGAAAUGAAACUGACAGAUCAAAGGCUCAAAACAAGAAAUACCAACUGCCAUGUCGAGCUGUGGUUUGGUUUAGUCAAACAUUCAAUCCUGCAAAAGAAGAGGUACUUGCGACCAGCAGAGUUUGUGUCCAAAAUGUAUGACUCAAUGCAGGGAAGAUAUAUUGAGCAUAUCAUACAACAAAAUCUGCCAAAGCAGAUUUUUGACAAAAUCAAUGCAAGUUCAGGCAAAUCAGAUGAUGACCCCACUGAACAAUGGAACAAGCGAGACAGCUCUGCUGGGCGGCCCAAAUCACAAUCGAAGUACUUCAAUCCACCGAAAAAAAUAAAUAAACCGAAGACCAAGCAGAAGUCCAACAAGGUCAAAGAGGAUCACCAAGACAAAGAUGCACAGAUAACCCUUCUUUGGAAAAAAAAGGACAGUGAGGUGGUGGUUGCAGUGAUUCCAUCACAGACGAAGGGACAGAACCUCCUUAUUCACCACUCUGAGCUGUGCUCACUUAGGCCUCACCAGUGGUUAACAGGAGAAGUUAUUGAGGGCCUGCUACAUGUUUUUGCUCACACGUUCAAUGUGAUGGACAAGAUCUAUUUAAUGAAUCACUAUACUACAGGUUGUAUUCUGUUUGGUGAUAGAACAAAGCUACAUCAACAGAGUUUACGAAAGGUACUUGUGGGAAACAGCGACUGGUCUUCAGGAGGAGAUGUUCUCUUCAUAGAGUGGGGGUUACGUUUAGAACUUGUGAAUUGA